AUGAUGCUGUUGUCCAUUGUAGACCCAAUCUGUUGUUCUCUCUCCUGCCAUCACCCACCCUGUUCAAUAGGAAAACCGACCGGGCGAUGUUUGACUGUGAAGCAGCUUCUUGCGUUUUUCAAUCGUGCACAUUGUAGCAUGUUAGUAUACAUCCAGCAAUCUAUUUUGUGCUCUGUGUACUUCUUCUUCUUCAUUUGGUGCAAUACUAAUUUUCUUUGUUUCAAGUUUGUGGUUUUGGUGGAGGUCAACUUGCUAACAGCUGCCAGUUCUUUCAUGUUAGCUGGCAGGUUGCUGGCAGUGUUGGAACUGCCUCAGCAGCAGUUUCAAAUUGCUCUGCCUGUUGGUCAUAUAAAUUCUUGUUCGUAUCCUCUAUGCGAGUGUGACAAAGCCCUGCUUAUCCUGCUAUUUGGCAAUGACUGGCGUUGGACUUGUACAUAA